AUGUUGGGUGUCCUGCGAACUGCACUUCGUCCCAAUGCUCGCGCAAGCCAACGCUGCUUUUCUACUCUUUCAGUACGAUUCCAGGAUGCUUCGCGUAGCAAGAUCAUGACCCCGGCAGCCGCCGUGGCUGAUAUUAAGCCUGGUGCCAAGGUCAUGGUCGGUGGUUUUGGUCUGUGUGGUGUGCCGCGCACACUCGUUGACGAAUGUGCGAAACGCCCCGACCUUAAGGACCUUCAUGUUUUCACGAAUAACCUUGGCACUCCCAACCAUGGUGUCGGUGUUUUCGGUACGCGUAGGAUGAUGAAGUCCGUCACAGGAUCGUUCUUGGGUGGCAACCGGGAAGUCGGUGACCAGUUCUUCAACGGCGAGGUUCAACUGAACCUUGUGCCGCAGGGUACAUUCGCCGAGCGCAUUCGUGCCGGCGCUGCUGGUAUUGCAGCAUUCUUCACGCCUACCGGCUAUGGUACAGCCGUGCAGAAGGGUGAGCUUGUUCUUAAGUAUGAAAAGAAGGACGGUAAGGCUGUGCCAGUCAUGACGUCCAAGCCGCGUGAAGUGCGCUCGUUUGACGGCCGUGACUAUAUCCUCGAAGAGGCUAUUCAUGCUGAAUACGCUCUCGUGCACGCGCGCAAGGCCGAUGAGUCUGGUAACCUUGUUUUCCACUCCACGGCACGCAACUUCAACGACCCGAUGGCACGGAACGCACGCAUUACCAUCGUUGAGGCUGAAGAAAUCGUGCCUGUAGGUGCGCUGUCGUCGGAUGAAAUCCACUUGCCGUCUAUCUAUGUGGACCGGAUCGUGAAGGCUGAGCUGCCACUCGAAGUUGAAAAGGUUUGCCUCUCGAAGGCUGAAGAUGAGCCUCGUAAGUUCACAAGUCGCGAGGUGAUUGCGUCGCGCGCUGCGAAGGAGCUGUCCGAUGGUAUGUUUGUCAACUUGGGUGUUGGCAUGCCAAACCUGGUUCCGUCGUUCUUGCCGAAGGACGUCAGGGUGCAUGUUCAUACUGAGAAUGGUCUGCUCGGCGUCGGUCCUUACCCGGCCAAGGAAGAAGAUGUUCACACGGAUAUCAUCAAUGCUGGCAAGGAAUCGAUUACAGAGCUCCCUGGAGCUGCUGCCUUUGAUUCCGUCGCGAGUUUCGACAUUGUGCGUGGCGGUCACCUUGACGUGACCAUGUUGGGCGCUCUGCAGGUCACGGCGAACGGUGACUUGGCUAACUACAUGAUCCCUGGCAAGUUUGUGUCGGGCAUGGGUGGCGCAAUGGACCUUGUGUCGAGCCCCGACAGUACUCGCGUCAUUGUGCUGACGGACCACACUGACAAGUACGGCAAGCCAAAGGUUGUUGCCAACACGGAGCUUCCACUUACCGGUGUGCGUUGCGUCAGUAUGAUUAUUACGGAUCUCGCUGUGUUCGAGGUUGACCGCAAGAACGGUGGCCUGACCCUCGUUGAGCUGCAACCUGGUGCCACGAUCGAGCAGGUCCGUGAAAAGACGGGUGCUCCAUUCAAGGAGGCUUUGUAA